AGUGAUGAGGUUUUGACUGUCAUCAAAGCAAAGGCACAGUGGCCUGCCUGGCAACCACUAAACGUGAGAGCAGCUCCCUCUGCUGAAUUUUCUGUGGACAGAACACGCCACCUUAUGUCUUUCCUUACCAUGCUAGGCCCCAGUCCUGACUGGAACGUGGGGCUUUCUGCUGAAGAUUUGUGCACCAAGGACUGUGGAUGGGUCCAGAAGGUCAUUCAGGAUCUGAUCCCGUGGGAUGCUGGGACCGACAGUGGAGUUACCUAUGAGUCAUCCAACAAACCAACAGUACCUCAAGAGAAGAUAAGACCUCUCACAAGUCUAGACCACCCCCAAAGUCCCUUUUAUGACCCUGAAGGAGGUUCCAUUAAGUCAGUAGCCAGAGUUGUCAUUGAAAGGAUUGCACGAAAGGGGGAACAGUGCAAUAUUGUUCCUGAUAACAUCGAUGAUAUAGUUGCAGAUCUUGCAGCAGAAGCUCCAGAAGACGAAGAUGAUACCCCUGAAACUUGCAUCUAUUCGAAUUGGUCCCCCUGGUCAGCCUGUAGCUCUUCCACAUGUGAAAAGGGCAAGAGGAUGAGGCAGAGAAUGCUCAAAGCCCAGCUUGACCUCAGUGUGCCUUGUCCAGAAACUCAGGACUUCCAGCCAUGUAUGGGCCCAGGCUGUAGUGAUGAAGAUGGCUCUACAUGCAUGAUGUCUGAGUGGAUAACAUGGUCCCCUUGUAGUGUAUCUUGUGGCAUGGGAAUGCGAUCAAGAGAGCGAUAUGUGAAGCAGUUCCCGGAGGAUGGCUCCAUGUGCAAAGUGCCUACAGAAGAAACUGAGAAAUGCAUUGUAAAUGAAGAAUGUUCUCCUAGCAGUUGCCUGGUAACCGAGUGGAGUGAGUGGGAUGAAUGCAGUGCCAGCUGUGGGAUGGGAAUGAAGAAGAGGCACAGAAUGAUCAAGAUGACCCCAGCAGAUGGGUCCAUGUGCAAAGCAGAAACCACAGAAGCUGAGAAAUGCAUGAUGCCAGAAUGCCAUACCAUUCCCUGCCUGCUUUCUCCUUGGUCCGAAUGGAGUGACUGCAGUGUCACUUGUGGAAAGGGGAUGAGGACCAGGCAACGGAUGCUAAAAUCUGCUGCUGAGCUUGGAGAUUGCAAUGAAGAGCUGGAACAAGUAGAGAAAUGCAUGCUGCCAGAGUGUCCCAUUGACUGUGAUCUGACAGAAUGGGCCCAGUGGUCAGAAUGCAAUAAGUCUUGUGGGAAAGGUCAUAUGAUCAGGACAAGAAUGAUCAAAAUGGAACCCCAGUUUGGAGGAGCUCCAUGCCCAGAAACUGUGCAGCGUAAAAAAUGCCGAAUAAGAAAAUGCUUGAGAAACCCCAACAUUGAGAAAAGGCGCUGGAAAGAAUCUCGGGAGAAAAGGAGGAGUGAACAAGCAAAAGAAGACGUAGAUGGUGGGCAAUUCCCAGGUUGUAUGAUGAAGCCAUGGACUGCUUGGUCAGAAUGUACCAAACUCUGUGGGGGUGGAAUCCAGGAGAGGUUCAUGACCGUCAAGAAGCGUUUCAAAAGCACUCAAUUCACUAGCUGCAAAGACAAGAAGGAAUUAAGAGCCUGCAAUGUCCAACCCUGUUAGCAAACCGAAGUCUUUUGGAUAAUGCACUCCUGAGCUAAAUGUAAAAAUCAACCUUGGUUUGAUUUUUUUUUUUAAAAGAGAAAAUAUAUAAAUUGUGUAUAUUAGUCUUCAUUUUUGCAGUGUGGUUUGCUUAAUUAGUCUUGCUGGUGCAAGAGAUCUAUUUUAUAAAUACUUCCUUACAAAUAUCUGCUGAGAGUAGCUCCUUAAUGCUCCAGCUAGCCCUUAACGCAUAAAACUAGUGAAGUCGUUGUGAAAUCUUAUAACAUUGAAAUUAUAAACAUAUCUGUGUGGACAAACCAUAAUCAUAGAAAUAGUCCCUGUAAAUACUUGGGAUGCAUGCAAAAAUGAUAUUGCAAACUUAAAUAUUUGGAUCCACUUUCAAAAUAUUCAAAGCAGUGCCUCUGUGUUUCUACAGCUGUGCCAAGGAAUAAUACUACAGGUGCAUAUUGAUCUUUAACCAUCAGCAAUGUAAAAAUGGUAUUUAUAGCAAUCCUCUGACAAUCUUCCUUUUUUUUUCUUCAUGCAAAUGCUUGGACCCCUAUUAAAUAAAGCGCCUUGUGAUUCUUUCCAUUAAGAAAGGAAAGCAAACAUAAGCUGCCCGUACAUGAACAGCAGGGAGGAGCACAUUUUCCAUCUGUAAGCCAUGUGUCAAUUAGCCAGUGGGCUGUAUGGUCCCUCUUCCAUGCUCUCUCACAAAGUCAUAUGCUAGGUGAUAAGGUACAGGUAAAUAGCCUCUCUUAAGAGGUUCUCCUUGCGUGCAACAGAGCUAGGCAAAUACGUUUCAGAAACUUGAGAGGAAACGGUGGACUUGACCAAUGUAAAUGAACAAUAUAAAUACUCAAAAAGAUGUGAGUCCACCCAGCUCUAGAACAGCCGACCUUAUUCUAUCCACUGAGUCGAGGAACAGCUAAAGAGAGUUUUGUUCUGUUUGCUUCAGAACUUGCUUUUGCUUCUUUGUGACACAACAACUUAAUUUUGCUUCUGUUCUCCUUACAUAAAUGUCACGGCAUCUGUCAUCAUUUUGCUUUAUUUUUCUGCUCUGUACCUCAGUGGUCAUAGUGAACAAAGCACAUGCAGAAAAUAGCUGCUUUGUGGGAACAUGGUGUUACACACCCCUACUCACAGAGAGCAAAGGAAAAAGCACAGCUAUUUGAGAAAUGUCAUGACAUUGAAGGAUUAGAUAAAUGCCAGUACCACUGACAGGUUCCUUAGGGACACCUUAGGAAUGAAGAUGAAAGCUGCUAUGUUUGUAUGAUAAAAUAUUAUUACAGGCAUAUAUCUUGAACUUUUAGAUUUCAGCUUCCAUAAUCCCCAGUCAGCAUAGAUGGUUGAAAAGACUGUCAUCUAAAACAUCAGAUUGUCUUUCUGCAGUCUAAACUGUGUGACUUAUCUCACAGAAGAAAAACAAGAUGGCUUGAAUUCAUAAACACUAAAUAGCAGUACAAACUAGAUUCCAAAGCAGAGAAAUUUGACUUAAAAGCAUGAAGUCUGCUCGUCUCAAGCAGGAGUCAGGCCAAUUCAUUUGCAGAAUUAACUAGCUUGGCCUUCCUAGAUAGCAGAAACCCGAAGCAUCUUAGGGACACAAGGGCAGCAUUGGGGGAAGGGUCUUUAGUUUCCAAAGAUUAGCAAUGCUCUUUUCCCCAAAGAUUUAUGUGCAAGUACAAAUGCUUUCAUCUAUCACUUCCACAUGACCACACAAUCUUCCUUUUCAUGACGUUUCUCCAUCUAAAUCUAGAUUAGGAUUUAGAUCUCGAUUUAGAUUUAGCUAAACUAGCUUGCUAAAGAAUGUAUCCUCACCAAAAUCAGGUUAUAAUUAUCAUUCUUUUUCUUUCUGAACAGCCAGUCAUUUUCAGUGCAACUCAUGCAAAAACACUGGAGGUCCAAGGCACAGAGUGAAUAUAGGAGUUCUGUAGAUCCAGGAUGUUGGCAAGGAUAGAACAGAAACAUCUUGAAACAGUGAACACUUUUACAAGUGAAUAUAUGAGAGUAGGUUGCUAUCAGUGCUUGGAUCCCUGGUUUUCAGAUAUUCACGGUUCCAUUGUUUUAUGAUGAUAAAUUAUCCCUCCAUUCAGUCAAAAUGUGCAUGAAAUAUGUACACUCCAGAUGAAUUUAAGUGCAAAAAAAGACAAUUCCUUUUAUGCUGUGAUGUAUUAUAUUGGUGGCUGUCUUCGGAAGAGUGUUGGCUCCACUGAACUAAGUAAGAACGUUGUGCCUGAUUUCAGAGGAAUUCAAAAUUAGUAUUUCACUGGGGGCGAUAUUGAACUGACAGAAUGGUUGCACAGUACAGUUGCCUUUAAUUUCUUUAACAUCUAAUAGUAUUAUGAAUGGUUGGCUGACUUUUCAAAGGAUUGCUAUCAGAAAGUAUGACAAAGCUUGCAGAUGAAUAUAAUUUCCAUCUUAUAUCGGUAGUUGUCCCAGUUCAUACUGAAAAAAAAGAAAAUAUUCUAGUUUGUUUCAAAUGGGUGGGUGUAUUUAAGCUUGUGACUUUUCACAGAAUAAUACAUGAAAAGUAUCAAAAGAAAAUGAAGGAAAAAACAGAAGAGCUCUAAUCCAAUUAAAGUUAUUCCCUUCUCUUAAUUAUGUACUUUAAUUAUGAUUACCUUGUAUCACUGAAUUUAGUAGAAUUUAAUUAUAUCUAAUUUGAACUAUAUUGAAGUCCUUAAGAUUGCUUUCUCCGUAAAGAAACAAACCCAAUAUGAUAUGGAAUGCAUAUGAUUAUUUCCGAAUUGCUACAAACCUUGCAGUAUAAUGUUUGCUCCACAUCAACCAACUAAAAUGUCUGGAAGUUUUUCUACAAUAAUUCAUGUCUAUUGCACACUCUAGAACCAAAACCACAAGUAUCGCUCUAAGAAUUUUAUACACCUCACUGACCAUUUAUUAACAUUGGUAUAUUUUCUUGCUCUUCUUCGUUGUUUUUUUUAAAAAAAUAAUCUGUAGAAACUUUACAAGCAAUGAACAGAAAUGCUGGGGGGCUUAUAUGUACAAUAGGUUUUAAUAAAAGCAACUUGGUUUUUUUAAAAAAAACAAAUUCAGAAAAGACCCUCUUUGAUUUUAGGUUUUCUUGUUGUUUUGGGUUCGCAAUGGAAUUUUUGAGAAAACUGUUAUGGAUAUAUUUCCUACCAAAGUCUUGUGUAGAUGUUUUGUAUGUAGUUGUCUGGCUAACACAUUAUUAUUUUGGAAUAAAGACA